AUGUCAAAGAAGCUGAUUAUAAAGGACAACUUUUCACUAAAAGAUGUUGAUAAUGCAACUGACCAUUUCGUCACAUUACCCGAUUCCGUAGAAACACCAACAUCAAACAUUCAAACAUUCUCUGAAUUUGUUACACCGACAUAUCCUUAUCAACAGGGUACAGCAUAUCCAACACUACGUAAUUUAUCUCCUGGGCCCUCUACACAACCUGGUCUCCAAAGACGUAGACGUCCCCGAGUAGGCGAUUGUUGUGUUGGAGCUUGUUCAUCAUGUGGACGUAGUUGUCGAAGUGCUUCACGAUGGGUACGAAGUAAUAAGAAUAGAAUAAUGUCUACAAACUGGGAUAAUUCUGUAAAUCGGGUGAAACAAGCAACGCUUAUUUCUGAACGACGAAGAGCUGUACAUGGUUGUGAAGCGGCUAGUGGCCAUUUGCCUGAAGCACAAAAGUCGAAAGUAAUUCAUGUGAAAAUUCCUUUCCAUUCAAAUAAUUCAAAGGUCGGCAUGAAUACUUCAAAAGUAGUCGUAUGCAAUCUAAGCACAUCUGGUGAAUCCUCUAGUCUCGGCAAUGAGGAAUUCAGUAAAUGGACAAUUAUCGACAAAUAUGACGAUAAGUCUAGUUCACCAUCGAUUAUCGUGUCAGAUUAUCCGAUAAAUUCAAUACAAACAGAUGGUGAUCCUCUGCUAGGCAUGUCUAGUGCUACACCGGCUAGUUGUGAUACUACUCAUAGUAAUACUGCUACUCCUGCUACUACUACUACAGGCUAUUGUGGUAAUGAGUUGCAUGCGUCGUCAGAUGAAACGUCGUUAACCACUGAUAGAGUUUUAGAAGAGAUUAGAUAUUGUCCUGAGGAUAAUGAUAAUCAUCCUGUUGUUGAUGGGGAUAAUGAUAGCGCUGAUGCGGAUGCUGAUGCUGCUUCGACUAGAGAUGCUGGUGGGACGAGUGUUGGCAAUGCUGCUGCAGCUGGUGCUGGAGAUGAAUCAUUGAGAUAUGCAGAAUUAUGCUUGAUUAAAUCAAAUUCUCUGCUUGAUCAUGCAGAGACAUCACAUCGUGGAUCGAUUAUCUCCUUGACAUCAAAUGAUCAUCAUCAACAACAACGACACGGAGAAGAAGGAGUGAGGACAACAUCAACAGCUGGUAUAUUGAAUGAGUCAUCUUCAUCGGGAGUAUGUUCAACAGAUAAUACAAUGAGUUGUAGAAGUAGUAGUAGCAAUACUAGUAAUAAUAAUAAUAAUAAUAGUAAUAGUUAUAUGCUGUCAGUGGUACACUGUGAUAUGACUGCUGUACAAAUUACCGAUUGGCUAUGUCAGUCAAAUUUUGAAAAUCUUGUGGAAACAUUUAAAAAUUUCACAGGUCGUGAUAUGCUUCGCCUAGCAAAAGAAGAUUUAUUGUCAAUAUGUGGAUCAUUGGAGGGUUUACGGUUGUAUAAUUCACUAUACAAUAAACCUACUGUUCCACGAUGUACACUGUACAUGUGCCUCAAAGGAGAGAUAAUUUAUCAUGCUGUUAUGUUGUAUGAAAUGACUACGCAUGAAUUACACAAUCGAAUAGCCUCGAUCCUGUCUUGUCGUCAAGAUCAUAUCAAGAUAAUAUGCCUUAUUGCGGAGAAUGAUAUUCCUGUACUCUUAACCGAUGAGCUAAUUGUUCAGCUAAAGGAUAAAAGUAUCUAUCAGAUUGGAGUUAAUCGAAUCUGUAAUAAUAAUAAUAACAAGAUACUGUUAGCUGAUCGCCUUCAUACAAGUGUACACUGUUUAACGUUUUACACAUUCAGAGAAAUGCUUAAAUCUCUAAUCUCCUUCAGCACUAUAAGCACUGUCACAAUCUUAUUAGUAUUGUUGUUAUGUGAAGGAAGUCGCGCGGAUACACCAGCCAACUGUACUUAUUCGGAUGCAAUUGGUCAUUGGGUAUUUUAUGUAGGCGAUUACCAGUCGAAAUGCUCCAGUAAAUUUAAGCAUAAAAAUGUUGUGACUAUGCACCUACAGUAUCCAGAUAUUGUUACUGAUUCCUAUGGAAAUAUGGGGAAAUGGACUAUGAUAUAUAAUCAGGGCUUCGAAAUUAUUAUCAAUCAUAGAAAAUGGUUAGUUAUGUUUCACUAUGAGAAGAAAUCCAAAUUUAAUUGUCAUCAAUCUAUGCCUAUGUGGACACAUGAUACACUAAUACGUCAAUGGUAUUGCUUCACUGCUUUCAAACAUGGUAAGACUGAAAGCCAACUGAAUUACACACUGUCUGAUGAAGAAAUUGACGAAAACAUAAAAAUGUACCCAGUUGAUCCCACCUUUGUGGAUGAAAUCAAUAGACAACAGAACUCUUGGAGAGCAAAACUGUAUCCAGAAUAUUCAAAUUAUACAAUUGAAGAAAUGAGACGUCGAGUUGGUGGAGCAGCGUCUGUAUAUUCAAGAUCAUCAUCCAUACGUGAACUAAAGAAGGAUCUUACAGCGGAAAUGAUAUCAGCUAUUCAACGCUUACCUAGUGAAUUCGAUUGGCUCCAUCCACCUAAAGGUCUCCGUAGUCCAGUAACGCCUGUUCGUAGUCAAGGCAAUUGUGGUAGUUGUUAUGCAUUUGCAUCGACUGCUGCAGUUGAGGCUCGUUUGCGUUUAGUGAGUAAUUUCACGCUUCAACCUAUUCUAUCACCUCAAGAUAUCCUGGACUGUAGUCCAUAUUCACAAGGUUGUGAUGGAGGCUUUCCUUAUUUAAUCGCCGGCAAAUAUGCUGAAGACUUCGGCAUGGUUACGGAGAAGUGCAAUCCAUAUACUGAAAAACAAAGAAGUCAAUGUAAAACAAGUAAACAUUGUGAACGAUACUAUACAACCAACUAUGCCUAUCUUGGUGGUUAUUAUGGUGCAACAAAUGAAGAAAUCAUGAGAUUGGAAUUAGUUCAGAAUGGACCAUUUCCUGUUGCAUUUGAAGUGUAUAAGGAUUUUUUGUUUUAUGAAUCAGGUGUAUACCGACAUACAAAAAUUGAAAAUCAACAUUAUCCAUUCAAUCCAUUCGAGUUAACUAACCAUGCUGUACUGCUAGUUGGUUAUGGUGUUGACAAGAAGACAAAUCUACCCUAUUGGAAGAUUAAAAAUAGUUGGGGUGAGCAAUGGGGUGAAAAUGGAUUCUUCCGAAUACUACGUGGUUCAGAUGAAUGUGGUGUUGAAAGUCUUGCUGUUACAUUUGAUGUUGUAUUUUAAUGUGAAGAAGGUAAAAAUUGUACGCUUAUAAUGUAAUUAAAGAAAGCAGAUUAAAUGAACGAACG